ACGAAGCAUUUCAAAUCUCUCUCUCUCUCUCUCUCUCUCUCUCUCAUGGACUUCACUACAGGUGAUGCAGUCGCCGAUCGAGAGAAACAAGGUGAAGCGAUUUAUCGGAGAAGAAAGCCCCCAAAACCACUUCCAGAUUUAGAGCCCUCAAAGCAGGCGUGUUCGACUCGCUAUGUGGGAGGAAGGGCGAGUGUGGCAUCUGAUGCUGCCGUCGGAGCUCUGGUCAGGAAAACCAGUUGGUCUCGAUCCCUUUCGACAAGAGGGAGGACAAGUAUUGCUGUUGGUGCUUUCUUUGAAUAUCAUCCUUCACAGAAGGAGCCCAAAAGAAGAGGAAAAAGAAAGGGAAAGGCUCCUCUUCCCAAAGGAAAGUACAAAUUCGAAGAGGAGAAGGUGUACUUUCAAGAGGUUGAUGCCUUUGAUUUGUUGGUGGAGAGCCCCUCUCCCAAACCUACUACAUGGGUUGCCGGCAACCCAGCAGAUGAUGCUGCAUUACCCAAAUUGUGCUCACCAUUAGAUAAAUGGUUAUUCAAGAAGUUCAAUUUCACAUUUGUCCCUUCUAGAACAUUGUCUAAGAUACUGCAAACUUCUGCCAUUCGGCCUAUGCCUUUGGAAACUGUUGGUGGUAGGAAUUUCACAUCUUCAAGUUUGAAAACCCCACAAAACUAUACUAAAUUCAGUUCUCGCUUGCCCUGUACCCAAAGCAUAUUGGACUUCAGUUUGGUUGAAUUUAGUGUGCGAGAGAGUGGAAGCAAAGAAUCACUGGCCGAUGCAGGGAAUGAUGGUUGUGAAGAUAUAGAAGCUUCUGUAAAGAAACUCUCUCUAGCAUCAUCUUCAUCCGAUAGUGAACAGUUAGAUCCCUUUGGUGCCCUGUUAAGAUUAUGUGGCCAGUUGGCUCCCUUAAAAUUUGGGGACGUGUUCUCUACAUACUGUGACCUAGAAAAAAUUAACAAAAUUGGUGAAGGAACAUUUGGAGAAGCUUUCAUGGCUGGUAGCUAUGUUUGCAAAAUAGUCCCAAUUGAUGGCAACUUACUUGUGAACGGGGAAGUGCAAAAGACAUCUAAAGAAAUGCUAGAAGAGGUUAUCCUUUCCCGCACACUUAACUGCUUAAAAGGACAUGAUAGUAAUGCUGCAAACGCUUGCACCACAUUUAUCGGAACAAUAGAUUUGAGAGUGUGCCAAGGUUCUUACGAUGCUGCCUUGAUCAAGGCAUGGGAGGAUUGGGAUGAAAAGUGUGGUUCAGAAAACGAUCACCCCAAGGCAUUUCCAGAUAACCAGUGCUAUGUUGUGUUUGUUUUAGAUAAUGGGGGCGAAGAUCUUGAAAGCUUUGUGCUUAUGAACACUGAUGAAGCACGGAGUUUAUUGGUCCAGGUUACAGCUUCCCUUGCCGUGGCUGAAGCUGCAUAUGAGUUUGAACACCGUGAUCUUCACUGGGGAAACAUCCUUCUAAGUCGGAAUGAUUCUGUUACAAUCCAGUUGACUCUUGAGAGAAAACAGAUGUUUAUUCAAACAUUUGGGUUGGUGGUAUCGAUAAUAGAUUUCAGUCUUUCAAGAAUCAGUAAUGGUGAAGACGUACUCUUUCUAGACCUAUCUUCAGAUCCUGAACUCUUUAAAGGUCCAAAGGGAGAUAGACAAUCAGAGACAUACCGGAAGAUGAAGGAGGUAACAAAUGACUGCUGGGAGGGAAGCUUCCCCAGAACAAAUGUACUCUGGUUGAUAUACCUCGUGGAUAUAUUACUGCUAAAGAAAUCAUUUGAACGUUCAUCAAAGGACGAGAGAGACCUGCGCUCGUUGAAGAAGCGUCUUGACCAGUGUCAGUCAGCCAGAGAAGCACUUCUUGAUCCCUCUUUCAGUGAUUUGUUUGUUGAUCCUCCUGGCAUUUAAGUUACAAUUAGGAAUGUACCAGAUGCUGUAGUUUAGAUUAGAAACUGAAUGUUUAUGCUUCUAGUGAGUAGAAAUGUUGUGAAUAUGUAGUGAAGCUGUAGGGUUCAGAAAAGAGUAAUGCGAUAGUUUUUGCAGAUGUGGGCGUAGCCGCAUUAUUUAGAGCGGAUGUGCUCCGUUUUGCACCUGAGUUUGAAUCGCUCAAUUUGUGGUUUAGAUUGAAUUAAAUGUAGAACAUCUUCCUUUCAAAUUGUGAUUGUAUUGAGCCAA